AUGUUGGCACCUGCCCGUGAACUGGACCCUGUGAUUCCGGUCUGUGUGGCGGGGAGGCCAUCGCAAUACGCGGCCAGUGCAUAUUUCCGAAGGAAGUUUAUGGCCUUGUUCCGUGAGUCGUCUCCGAAGUUCACUCCGCGACCGAAGCUGGCAAGGUACUGCCAGGACUCAGUCACCUCAGUCACAUCCUCGAGGGGCACCUGCCAAGUUUGGCCUAGCCAAGACGAGUUUUCCAAAGUGCACGAGGACAGUGACUCGUCAAAACAUGGCCACUUGCAGCAUGACGAGGGCAUGGCUCUUGCCGUUCAACGGAUCCGCAGACUGAGAUCUGGUGGAAACCAUCGAGGAGGUUCGUCCGUGGCCUGGGCUUUCCCGGGUCGCAAGGAUCAUGGUGUCAAUGUCGGAAGGAGGUGA